AUGUCGGAUGCCGAGUGGGUGAACAAGACCAAGCUGGGUGGCAGAUUUGUGAUCGGCGUACAGAGGGAGAAAACCUCGAGUAUGCAGAUCGCUCUGAGGAGGAAGCUGUACAAGCUGGCUCCUUUCUCUGCCCAGUGUGUGCGGAGGGCUGUUGAGGAGGCUGCAGAAAAGCUCCCGGCGCAGCAACAGGAGGCGCUGCACCAUUACCUGUCCAUCAGCGCUGGUGCGGUCCGGCCGCAGGAUGUCGUCGACGCAGCUCUGCUGCUGGAAUCAUUAGUCAGGUACACAUCUCUUCAUCCAACCAUGGCAUUACUCAUCACAAACAAAGUAACGUCAUUCUGUCUUUCAGCACAUUUCACAGUCCGCAAGCCUUCAGCCGCAAAGGUGGCACGGCUUAUUGCACAGGAGGGAUGGAAGGUCAACUGUCCCAAGCCGGAGGACAUCGAACGGCUGUGGACACCACCUUCGAAGGCAGCAGUUGAAGAUGACAAGUUCAUCAUUCGCUGUGUGUCUGAGCAGAACUGGUCGGGCAUGGCCAUAAAAGACUUUGGUGAUGAGCGUGGUUUUGGAGUCGUGGCAACUCAGACUUUUUCAAAGAACGACAUUGUUUGCGACUGCCACGGCAAGGUCAUCCCAGCUGCUCAAGGGAGGGCGAUGGUGCAGGCCCAGCAUGACGAGGCCGGGUACAUGUUCUUCUUUAAAGCCGGACAGAGAGAUCUCUGCGUCGACGCCCAGACCUUUCCGUGCGAGUGCCACCCUGGCAAAGACACCGUUGGGAGGAGGAUAAACCACUCCACAAAAGCGCCCAACCUGAAGCCCUUUCACUGCAGGUUACGUGUGAAUGGGGAGGACAAGGACGUCAUCCUCUUCAGGGCACUGAAGGACAUCAGUGUGGGCGUUGAACUACGGUUCGACUACGGGGUCAAAAGGAAGUCCUUCCGUGGAGAGGGCCUACACCUGGACUGGCUGGAUGGUUGAGAAGGCCUUCAUCAGGCUGGAGUGGCUGGACUUUUGAUUCCUGUUUUAAGGACUAGAUUUUGCUGGACUCUCACAGACCAUUUGUGUUACAUUUUAUGACACAAGACUGGGAACUGUGUAUGAACUAUCAAUGUUUUAUUUGUCAACUGUGAGCUCGCGAAUGAACUAUAGAUGAUUGGACAAAAUUGGGAGCUUGCAUAUGGACUUGAUGUUCAUGUAAAUGGAGCCUCAAUAGACUCUAAACAUUGUAGUUUCAUGUAAAUGGAGCCUCAGUUUGACCAAUGAAAUAAUUGACUUUGAUCUACGUCCUGGAGCUGGAGUGGUUGGAUCUCUGACAACUCUACCCAGGCAUCCCAGGACAGUGUCUCCUUCCAUCAUCGGCUCCUCAGAGCUCCUUGAGGGAUUCUGGAAACGAGCCAGAACCUGAGAACAAUUUCCAUAAAGUUACGCAUCUCUUUAACCAAGCAUUCACAUAUUGCAUUAAUAUUAUGAACAUCAGCUAUGCUAAUUA